CGCUACGGGCGCCUCUCGGAACUAAAAGAGAGCGGAGAGUCCUCGCCAGCCUCAAACUUGCGCUGCCCAAUCGAUAGGUCCUCUCCGGCUGACUCGCCGUCCCUGUAGCAGCAGCAUGGACUCCCUGAUACCGGUGGUCAACUUCGGACCCGGGCCUGCCAAGCUGCCGCGCUCCGUGUUGCUAGAGGUGCAAAAAGAAUUAUUAAACUACAAAGGAAUUGGGAUUAGUGUUCUUGAAAUGAGCCACAGGUCAUCAGAUUUCUCUAAGAUUAUCAAUAACACAGAGAACCUUGUACGGGAAUUGUUAGCCAUUCCAGACAACUACAAAGUGAUUUUUGUACAAGGAGGUGGGUGUGGCCAGUUUAGUGCUGUCCCCUUAAACCUGAUUGGCCUGAAAGCAGGAAGAUGUGCUGACUAUGUGGUGACAGGAUCCUGGUCAGCUAAGGCUGCAGAAGAAGCCAAGAAGUUCGGAACUGUGAAUAUCGUCCACCCCAAACUUGGGAGUUACACGAAAAUUCCAGAUCCGAGCACCUGGACCCUCAACCCGGAUGCCUCCUAUGUGUAUUACUGCGCCAAUGAGACUGUGCACGGAGUGGAGUUUGACUUUAUCCCUGAUGUCAAGGGAGCAGUGCUGGUCUGCGACAUGUCCUCAAACUUCCUGUCCAGGCCAGUGGAUGUUUCCAAGUUUGGUGUGAUUUUUGCUGGUGCCCAGAAGAAUGUUGGUUCUGCGGGGGUCACGGUGGUGAUCGUUCGAGAUGACCUGCUGGGAUUUGCCCUCAAAGAGUGCCCCUCGGUCCUGGAUUACAAAGUGCAGGCUGGAAAUAACUCCCUGUACAACACACCUCCCUGUUUCAGCAUCUAUGUCAUGGGCUUGGUCCUGGAGUGGAUUAAGAACAACGGCGGGGCAGCAGCCAUGGAGAAGCUUAGCUCCAUCAAAUCACAAAUGAUUUAUGAUAUUAUUGAUAAUUCGCAAGGAUUCUAUGUAUGUCCAGUGGAGCCCCAGAAUAGAAGCAAGAUGAAUAUUCCAUUCCGCAUUGGCAACACCAAAGGAGACGAUGCUUUAGAAAAAAGAUUUCUUGACAAAGCUCUUGAACUCAAUAUGAUCUCCUUGAAAGGGCAUAGGUCUGUGGGAGGCAUCCGGGUCUCUCUGUACAAUGCUGUCACUGUCGAAGAUGUCCAGAAGCUGGCAGCCUUCAUGAAGAAUUUUUUGGAGAUGCACCAGCUAUGAGCGGAUCCUGACCAGUAUAUACUCUGCCGUUGAACAAUGAACGAAGCUGAAAGUCACUUGGGAAUGGUUACAAAAAAUAUUAACAAAUACGGCAUUUUCUCGAGUGAUAUGAUAGAUUUUUCUUUUUUAGAGAAAAACAGCAACACAGCUCUGCCAAACUGUUGGUACUUAAUCUUAAUUCUGACUUUAACUGGAAGCCUUUAAAAAAAUCUUCCCUCUCUUUUUUCUAAAAACUCUUAACAAAUACUGUCUUUGCUGCUACUCUUUCUGCUUAGAUCUCAUAUUCAAAGCUGCCUGUGGCUUUAAUUAUGCAAAUUGGCAGGUUAUUAUUUUUAGAAACACACAAACAGCAUGGAGAGUGGGGUGGGGUCCUCUGGGUGCUGAAUUUUGAUCCUUUGCAAAAUGACAGCAGUGGGGGUCUCCUGGGGUUCUGCAGCUAUUAAUUCAGGUCACCACCGUCCAUGCGGUGGAUGUUUAGGAGUUCAGACUAAAAGGCAAACUGGAAAUCUGUCCUUAUACUGUUAUUCUCAUAAAGAGAUGGAAGUGACAUACUGUAUGUUUAUAUAACAAGGUCUGUUUUUAACACUAAAUAGUUUAUAUCUCCAUGCACUUAUGUUUUCUAAUAAUACAGUUCAUGUGGGUGUAUGUUCAGACUUUGAGAAUUUGAUAGGAUCCUUAACCUUGUGCAUUAAAGUGUUAUGUUUUCACCAGCUGUGUUCCUCCCCUACCCCUUCCUUUUUAAAGCUACUUCACAAGGGUUGGAAGCUCCCUGGUUCACUUUCCAUUCCUCUCAGUGGGUAGAAGAAAGGUUGGUUGGUUGGUUGGUUGUUUCUUUGUUUUUCAGUUAUGCCAUUAAACUAAAAAUCUCUGUUAAACUCCUCUUUCCUUUGUUCACAUGACUGUUUCUUUAUGGUGUUUGGCCAGUGAUGCUGUGAGUUUGGGAAGAUCUUUGCUGAAGACUCUUUUCCCCUGUUAUUCAUCCAUUGUCAGUGUUUUAUGUUGAAUACAUGAAGGACAUUAAAGUCCUAAAACAUCUAA